AUGGAGGGAGAAGGUAGGAGCGGGGGUCCUCCUGGGCCCGCGCCACAGCCGCCUCUGCAUCCGGCGGUGGCGCCGCUGUCUUUCCUUCUGGGGAGAUGGCGAGGGGAAGGAGAAGGAGGUUUCCCCACCAUCAAUUCCUUCAGAUAUGGAGAGGAAAUCCAAUUCUCUCACUCUGGAAAGGUAAGAGCUAGUGGAAUGUUAUUUUGGAGAGGAUGCCUUUUCCUUCUUCCCAUUUUUGGAUGGAAUUCUGUAUCUGAAUGUGAAGUCGUUUGUGGGGUUUGUGAUGGGGUCGGAGCAGCCGGUCAUCGCUUACAGUCAGAAGACGUGGAAGCUUGCCUCUGGAGAGCCCAUGCAUAGUGAAAGCGGCUACUGGAGGCCGAAACCUGAUGGCGCCAUUGAGGUUGUGCUGGCUCAAAGCACGGGCAUCGUCGAGGUUCAGGUACCGCAUCUGUUGAAAAAUCGUAGAGCAGCUUAAGCUUUCAAACUCUUGCAUAAUACUCUAGUCAAUUUGAAGAAAAUGGAAAGCGGGAAAGGUUUUCUGGCGAUAACCUCGUCACUCGUCUCAGGGUUCUUCUCACGCCUCAUGUAUCAGAUAAAUGAACCCUAAGUACGCAAACCGUGCGAGAACACACAUGGAACUUCGUCCAUUGAUCCUACCUCUUCUGUCUCUGUCCGUCCUUAGUCUUAGCUAUAGAACUGAACUGUACUCCUUUCAUACAACUCAAGAGUGAAAACUUUAUUUAACCUAUUUUCUUAAGCCGCUUCAAACUUUGGCUGGGAAAUUUCUUUGAUAUUUUGUUAGUGCUGUUCCUAUUUCAAGCAAUUCAUUACAAAGCGUUCUUGGGGACUCAAGUUGGGGGAGAGAUGUUCAUCAGCAAGGAUGCAUUGGUGUAUUUUGGGGGUGCCAAAUUGAUUCCAUAUGAAUUAUACUAUUGUUGCUUCCUUCGUAAGUAUAUCACCUCGACAGCUGUUGGAAGCCGAGAAGUAUCCUUUCUGAAAGAUUAGGGGGCUAUGAGUAAUGACUAGCUGUUUGGGCCCGCCACGAAUGAUAAACUUUCUUCACGCAGUGGUAGAUUUCUUUAAAAAACCUUAUAUGGGUAAGUUGUAGUAGCCCAUCAUGAAAUGCUCUUGAUCAUUUUCAAUGCUCCGUAAUUUUUAUAAACUUAAAGAAUCAGACUCAUUAUUAGGAUUCACAAUCUGUAGCUUCAUGAUAUUCGUGAACUAUUCGAUUUUUUUAAUUUUUGUAUUUUUAUUUUACGUUUUUCUGGAUUUUUUGUUAACCUCCAAAAUCGAAAUCUCUUGAUGUUUCCAAUGAGCACGAAUACAUUUAACCAAAAUAUGAAAAAUAUAUAGAUUUUAAAAUCUUUCAUUGGCUUAGUAUGAUCCCAAAUUCUGAGAUAGAACGCUUCCAACUUGUAGAUACAUCAUCAACCUCAGUUUUGUAUGGAUUUUCUAGCCCUAGAUUUGAAUUAAAAUGAGUUUUGGGUGAGGUGGAUAUUCAUGAUAGAUUUACAUCAACUCCAAUGGGAUCAUAUAAAAUGCAGCAAGGCAUUUAAGUUGUCAAAUUUGUUGAAUCAGACAUACUUCCAGAUGUUUAUCAAAUUUCUAGUAGGCUUGAAAAAUGAUCCAACUCGUAUAGAUCAGCAUGAAUCAGUGGGCAAAACUUUGCUAUGCAUAAAAUGGAAUAAUUCUUGAAUAAUGAGGUAAAAUUUAACCUUCGAAACAGAUGUAUAGGAUUACACUGUGGACUUAUUUUCUGUAGAAGAGAAGCAGACACUAUUUUCUAUUUUUGGAUUUAAUCAUAUUUUGGCUCAUUUAUCUGCCCAUAUUAAGAAACCUUGUAAGUAGACAUUAAAUCAUUGGGAAUAAGAGGGAUUCUGCCUUUUUCCGAUUUUAUCACAUGAAAAUCUGUUUGCUGAUAGGAAGGAAAUUUGCCAAAGGUGCUCCUUCUCGACCUUCCUGUUCUAUGUUCUUAUUUCGUUUGCAAUGCAUCAUUCUAAGCUAUUUUAUCUUGCAGAAAGGUACAUAUGAUGCUGAAAAGAAGAUUAUAAAACUAAAGAGCGAACUUGUUGGAAAUGCGUCGAAGGUAUUUCUCAUCGCUUAUUACAUAAAAAAAAACCCUUUGAAUUCUUUCGUAAGAAGACAACAUUUAUCCUUGAUUGAUCCGAAACUCGAAUAAAUCCUUGCAGAACGCCGGUUCUUUGAUUGUAUUUCUUUGGUGUUUGGACUUGCCUGGUAGAUGUCCACUCGUUAUGCUCAGACCCUUCAUUGUUAUAAGCAAUGGCGUCAUUAACUAAUAAAACUUUAUGUCUUCCUUCUUUCUAUCGAUCAUCAUUCAUCACUUCCAAGAAAAAUUAAAUUUCGAUAUUUGACAUUACACAAAAAACCCAUUUAAUGUAAGGAUACGCACAGCCAGAUGGGGGGGGGGGGGGACAUGGGAUUCCAUAGCAGGUUGGAUAGAUAUUUCCGAAUGGAAUUGCUGGCAUGGAAUCAGGAUAGAGUGGAAGGGACAUUAUUUUUCUUUUAACAUCAUAAGAUGAAUUAAUGUGAUCUAUGAAACGUUAACCGGUGAACAAGCGCUAUUAUUUUUAUAGAAAUGAUCGGUAACGACCUGAAAUUGCUGCUCAUGAUCUAAUUCUCCUUACUGUUUUAGCGAAAUCAUCUCUGAUUUGGGCUGACUGAUGUCGGUUCUGCAGGUGAAGGAGAUAACAAGGGUGUUUGAAGUGACUAAUGGCGAAUUAUCCUAUAUUGUUCAGAUGGCUACACUACUAACCACUCUUCAACCACAUCUCAAGGCAACUCUAGCGAAGCUCUAA